UCUCUCUCUAGAGUCACCCUUAAACGCCACGUCUCUCUCUCUCUCUCUGUACAUUUUCUCUCACCUCCCCUGCUGCUCUCCUUCUUCUUCUUACCGUCCUCCAAAAAUCCGGGAACCUCCGUCACAUCCGGCACCGCUGCGAUCACCGCCGGCGGCUACGAAUGAAGACCUUGACGCUCUACGAGAGGUUCUCCAGAGCCUUCCAUGACUACCCUCACCUCUCCAAGCUGGUCGUCCUCUUCACCGUCAGUGGGGGAGGGCUUCUGGCAUACGCUGAUGCAAGUCCAAUCGGUGGACCGCAAGGUAUUGUUCCAGCAGAAGCAGGGAACAAGAAGAAGAGGGUGGUGGUACUUGGAACUGGUUGGGCUGGAACCAGUUUUUUGAAGAAUCUUGAGAAUCCUGACUAUAAUGUUCAGGUGGUAUCGCCUCGUAAUUACUUUGCAUUUACUCCUUUGCUGCCAAGUGUUACCUGUGGCACGGUGGAAGCUCGCAGUAUAGUUGAACCGAUCCGGAACAUUGUUAGGAAGAAGAACAUGGAUAUCCGCUAUUGGGAAGCUGAAUGUUUCAAGAUUGACGCGCAAAAUAAGAAGAUCUAUUGUCGAUCUACUAAUAAUUUGAACGGGAAGAAGGAAUUUAUUGUGGAAUAUGACUACCUUAUAGUAGCCAUGGGAGCUCGUUCUAAUACAUUCAAUAUUCCUGGGGUAGAGGAGAACUGCAAGUUCUUGAAGGAGGUAGAAGAUGCUCAGGAGAUCCGAAGGGGUGUCAUUGACUGUUUUGAGAAAGCUAGCUUACCAAACCUAAGUGAUGAAGAAAGGAAGAAAAUCCUUCAUUUUGUUGUUGUUGGGGGAGGCCCCACCGGUGUAGAGUUUGCUGCAGAGCUUCAUGACUUUGUUAAUGAGGACAUAGUGAAGUUGUAUCCGCGUGUGCAGGAAUUAGUAAAAAUAACCCUCCUGGAGGCAGCAGACCAUAUUUUGGGCAUGUUUGACAAAAGAAUCACAGAGUUUGCUGAAAGGAAAUUCAAGAGAGAUGGAAUUGAUGUGAGAACUGGGUCAAUGGUUGUGAAAGUAUCCGAUAAAGAAAUUGCUACCAAAGAGAGAAGCGGGGAAGUUUCUUCCAUUCCGUAUGGAAUGGCAGUCUGGUCAACGGGAAUUGGAACUCGUCCAGUUAUUAGGGAUUUCAUGCAGCAGAUUGGUCAGGCAAAAAGACGUGCUUUGGCAACAGAUGAAUGGCUCCGAGUGGAAGGAACUGAUAGCAUUUACGCUCUUGGUGACUGUGCUACAAUUAAUCAGCGUAAAGUCAUGGAAGAUAUUUCAGCUAUAUUUAGCAAGGCAGACAAGGACAACUCGGGAACGCUGACAGCCAAAGAAGCUCGAGAAGUCAUUUCGGACAUUUGUGAGAGGUACCCUCAAGUGGAGCUCUACUUGAAGAAUAAGAAGCUGAGUGAUAUCGUUGAUCUGUUAAAGGAAUCAAAGAAGGAUGUCGAAAAAGAAUCAAUCGAGCUGAACAUCGAAGAGUUCAAAUCUGCUCUUUCCGAAGUUGAUUCUCAGAUGAAAAAUCUUCCGGCGACAGCACAGGUUGCAGCUCAGCAAGGUGCCUACUUAGCUGAUUGCUUCAAUCGUAUGGAGGAGUGUGAGAAAAACCCUGAAGGUCCUCUGAGGUUCAGAGGAACUGGCCGUCACCGGUUUCGUCCUUUCAGGUACAAGCAUUUCGGGCAAUUUGCACCACUGGGAGGAGAACAAACAGCAGCACAGCUUCCCUGGGACUGGGUCUCAAUAGGUCACAGUAGCCAGUGGCUUUGGUAUUCAGUCUAUGCGAGUAAGCAAGUAAGCUGGCGCACGAGGACGCUGGUCAUCUCAGAUUGGACGAGGCGUUUUAUCUUCGGGCGGGACUCGAGUCGCAUCUGAAGCAAAGUACUUUGAUCAACAUAUGUGGAGUGUUAGUGAAAGGUUUUGUUUCAAUAUCUAGUUUUUCAAUUGGUUCUCCGGUUAAUUGAUUGAUUCGGCAGCGGCACGUUGGUCGCUGGAGCUGUUACCACGUACUGUUUCACAAUAAGCAGCUCGACUUGAGGGUGCUGAUUUUGUAUGUUACACAGUUGACUGUGAUUUAUAAUGCUUUGAGGCAAUUUUUCUCGAUGCCGAUUGAACGGAGGCAGAGCUACGAACUUGAUGAAACUGAUCCUGCUCUCA